GCUACAUCCCCACGGAGGUGCAGCCAGGAUGUCUCGUUUUGGGGCGUGCACGUGAGCGAGGGGCUCCGGGGCCGCGGCCUCGCAUCCCUCGUUGGAUUCGUCGCCGCGUGGCUGCAGCUCUGCUUCCGCCUGGACGUGGCGCCGUCCACAGACAGGAUCGACAAGCCGGUGGUCUCGCUCCUGCUGCAGAAGUUCGGCUUCGCGCCGCUCCAGGAGACCUGCAGGGUCGACGUUGCGGAGGGCGAUGGCGGCCAAGUCCUGCUCUGGAUGGACAACAGGGCCAGGCUGGUCUCCACCUUCAGCAGCCGCUUCCUGCGCGACCAGCACAUGGCGCUGGCGGAGGAGAAGCCGCCGGGCAGCCGCCCGGCUCACGUGAAGACCGCCUUCUCGCCGGGCGACCUGGGGGCGCUGCGGGCCCAGGCCGCGCAGGUGCUCCACGGCGGCCUGUCGCUGGGCGGCUCCGGGGACCGCGCUCGCGCGCUGCUGGAGGCGCUGCGCGGCGGGGGCUGGCCAGAAUGGGCGGAGGGGCCCAAGGGGCGCAUCCAGCAGUGCCUGCACAAUCAGUGCAGACUUUCGAGGCACCUCCAGGCAUCGGCGUGA